UGGCUAUAUUUUAUAGUAAGCGAGAAGUAAUUCGGCUCUGUCGCACAGAGAAAGGAAGUGUGAAGCACGUUUUUUCCUGUAAAAAUUAAUCGACGACUUUAAAAUGGCUCAGUUAAUGUCAUUGAAUCCUGUGAGAAUAUUAAAAGGAGAUGCUGAAGAAGAAAAGGCAGAAACUGCUCGUCUGUCAUCUUUUGUUGGAGCAAUUGCUAUAGGCGAACUAGUUAAGAGCACGCUUGGACCAAAAGGAAUGGAUAAAAUACUUGUGAGUGAAGGUAGAAAUGAAGGAAGAGUCGAAGUUACAAAUGACGGAGCUACUAUUCUUCGUUCGAUUGGCGUCGAUAAUCCUGCAGCAAAAAUAUUAGUUGAUAUAUCUAAAGUUCAAGAUGAUGAAGUAGGAGAUGGAACAACUUCUGUUGCUGUUCUUGCUGCAGAAUUUCUGAAAGAAGCAGAAAGAUUAAUUGCAAUGAAAAUUCAUCCCCAAACAAUUAUUGCUGGUUGGAGAAAAUCAGUUAAUAAGGCUCGAGAAGUUCUAACUAAUGCCGCUCAGGAUAACAGCUCAAAUCCUGAAAAAUUUAGAGAGGAUUUAAUGAACAUUGCUCGUACAACUCUUAGUUCGAAAAUAUUAUCUCAGCACAAGGAUUUUUUUGCACAAUUAGCCGUAGAUGCUGUACUGAGAUUAAAAGGAUCGGGAAAUCUGCAAGCUAUUCAAAUAAUUAAAAAAUUAGGUGGAAGUCUUACCGAUUCUUUCCUUGAUGAAGGAUUUCUGCUGGAUAAGAAAGUCGGUGUUAAUCAACCCAAAAAAGUUGAGAAUGCACGAAUAUUGAUUGCUAAUACUCCUAUGGAUACCGAUAAAAUUAAAAUAUUUGGAUCAAGAGUAAGAGUAGAUUCUGUUGCAAAAGUUGCUGAAUUAGAAAUUGCAGAAAAAGAAAAAAUGAAGGACAAGGUUGAUAUGAUCCUGAAGCAUAACAUUAAUGUAUUUAUUAACCGACAAUUAAUAUAUAAUUAUCCUGAACAACUGUUCUCUGAUGCUGGAGUUAUGGCAAUAGAACAUGCAGAUUUUGAUGGAAUUGAAAGAUUAGCAUUAGUUACAGGUGGAGAAAUAGUUUCAACAUUUGGUAAUCCAGAUAAAGUGAAAUUAGGUCAUUGUAAGUGCAUUGAAGAAGUUAUGAUUGGAGAGGAUAAAUUAUUAAAAUUUUCUGGCGUUCCUCUGGGAGAAGCAUGCACUAUUGUCCUACGUGGAGCCACUCAACAAAUAUUAGAUGAAGCCGAGAGAUCUCUUCACGAUGCUUUGUGUGUUUUAUCUCAGACCGUAAAAGAAACUCGCAUUGUUUAUGGUGGAGGAAGUUCUGAAAUGCUGAUGGCCAAUGCCAUUAUGCAUCUUGCUGAAAAAACAGCUGGAAAAGAAGCCAUAGCUAUGGAAUCAUUUGCUAAAGCAUUACAUCAAAUUCCAACCAUUAUUGCUGAUAAUGCAGGUUAUGACAGUGCUGAAUUGGUGGCCGAACUCAGAGCAGCUCAUUCACAAGGAAAACAUACUUAUGGAUUAGAUAUGCAGAAAGGUUGCAUUGGUGACAUGCAAAAAUUAGGAAUCACAGAGUCCUUCAUUGUAAAACGACAAGUUCUGUUGAGUGCAGCAGAAGCUGCAGAAAUGAUUCUCAGGGUGGACAAUAUCAUAAAAUCGGCACCCCGUCAACGCCAACCAGACCAUAGUCAUUAGUGGCACUACGCAUUUGGUAUCAGCAAAUAUUUUCUGUUAAGGACAAUAUUUAAACUAAAAGGCAUUUGUUUUUUUUAUUUGUACUAAUUGAUGCAAUAAAAGUUCCAAUGAAAAGUAAA